GGUUUUACUGUGACGGCGGCCAUUUUAUUUUCACACCUCCGUUUCAAACACAGCCAACCAGCAGCUGGACUACAAAAAGAUACUUUCAUUCAAACAACCCAUAAACAAAACUCGCGAACGCUUCUGGAAACCCGUUCCGGCCAUCGGUAGGCUACCACUGCGAAAACCGGACCGAAGCGGAGCUCUAUCGCCCCGGGGAAGGAGUUUUUGUUUUCACUUGAGGUAAAGCGGGUCUGUAACGUGAAGCGAUAUGGCGACCGCAACCCCGAGCCGCGCGUCCAGUCGCGCGUCGGCCGCCCAAACGCCGCUGAGCCCCGCGCGAAUCUCGCGCCUGCAGGAGAAAGAGGAGCUGAGCUCGCUCAACGACCGCCUGGCCGUGUACAUCGAUCGCGUGCGGUCGCUCGAACUCGAGAACGACCGACUGCACGUGAAAGUAUCCGAGAAGGAGGAAGUCACCACCAGAGAGGUCUCUGGGAUUAAGACUCUCUACGAGGCCGAACUUGCUGAUGCCAGACGGGUGCUUGACGAAACCGCCCGCGACAGAGCCAAACUUCAGAUCAAUUUUGGAAAAGUCAAUUCUGAGCUUGAGGAGAUCCAGAAAAACUAUAAGAAGAAGGAUGGAGAUCUGGCUGCGGCUCUGGCCCGUAUUAGAGAACUGGAAGCUCAGUACAACAAAAACGAGGCCGCGCUCAACACCUCUCAUAGCGAAAACAAAGCCCUGUCUGCCGAACUUGCCGACCUGAAGGCUCAGCUUGCCAAAGCAGAAGAUGCUCACGGCGUGGCUAAGAAACAGCUAGAGACAGAGACUUUGGCGCGAGUGGACCUGGAGAACCGUUGCCAGAGUCUCUCAGAGGAGCUGGAGUUCAGAAAGACCAUGUUUGAGGAGGAGGUGCGUGAGAGUCGCAGGCGUCACGGUAAGCGCACGGUGGAGGUGGACAGCGGGAUUCAGCAGGACUACGAGUUCAAACUCGCGCAGGCGCUCCAGGAUCUGCGCAGGCAGCAUGAGGAACAGGUGCAGAUCUACAAGGAAGAGCUGCAGCAAACCUUCAGGGCCAAGCUGGAUAAUGCAAAGAUGUCAUCCGACAUGAACGAUAAGGCCGUGCUCACCUCCCGCGAAGAGCUGCAGGAAGCCCACAUGAGGAUCGAGGGCUUGAGCUAUCAGCUCAGCGCCCUGCAGAAGCAGGCGUCAACUGCCGAGGAGCGCAUCCGUGAGCUUGAGUCCCUCCUGGCAAGCGACAGAGACAAGUACCGGCGACAGCUGGACGUCAAAGAGCGCGAGAUGGCCGAUAUGAGGGAGUGCAUGCAGCAACAGCUGAACGAGUACCAAGAGCUUCUGGACGUUAAACUGGCCCUUGACAUGGAGAUCAAUGCCUACAGGAAGCUCCUGGAAGGAGAAGAGCACAGGCUGAAGUUGUCCCCCAGCCCGUCCUCACGAGUGGUGGCGUCUCGCACCACGGCUAGCAGCAGCAGUUCUUCGCGCACCUCCCGCACAAAGAGAAAACGUGUGGAGCUCGAAGCAACUGCUGUCGCUGUUCCCAAAGUCCAGAUCAGCCAGAAUGCAGAGGCCACAGGCAGCGUCAGCAUUGAGGAAAUUGACCUUGAGGGAAAAUCCAUCACUCUCAUGAACAACUCUGAAAAGGAUCAAUCUAUGGGCAACUGGCGUCUAAAGAGGCAGAUUGGAGAUGAUCAGGAAAUUUCUUACAAGUUUAGUCCCAAGUUUGUUCUGAAGGCUGGUCAGAAAGUAACGGUGUGGAGCGCCGAUGCCGGCGUGUCCCACAACCCACCAACAGACCUGCUGUGGAAGAGCCAGAGCUCCUGGGGCACCGGAGAGAAUAUACUCACCUUUUUGGUGAAUUUAAAUGGAGAGGAAGUGGCAAAACGAACCGUCACGAAAAGCAUGGUGGAGAUGGAGAAUGGCGAUGAUGAGGAGGAAGACUUUGGAGAUGAAGAUCUUUUCCAUCAGCAGGGAGAUCCAAAGACCCAAUCCAGAGAAUGCGCCGUUAUGUGAUGGAGUUUCAUCCUUUAGUAUUUCCCUUCCCACGAUUGUCUUUUGUAGAGCCACUACUUUUGUAUUCUUCAAUCAUGAGUUCUUAACUUUCGUCCCCAUAUUUUACGGACCUUGUUUUUAAAGCCAGUUAGUUGUGAACUGUGGCAGAUUAUGUUAUUUUCGGCCGUAGAUAGCCAUUACUGCCAAUUGUCGUUCCCGACAGCAUCGUAGGAUUUGGAAAAUACGGCAGCAAAUCAUUAAGUGUUGUUGGCAAAACACCAUCAGAGAAUGAUUCAAAUGAUAUGAAAUUAGAGAGUAUUUGUGCGUACCGGUGACUAAGAAUUCCCAAUAAUUAAUUUCUCAUAGAUUUGCAGAUUCUUGUCGAAGCAGAUUUAUGAAUGGGGUGGAUUAUUAUGGGAUGCUCUGACAGGGGGUUCAUUCUUCCUAGUUUAUGUUUUGUAGUGCACUAUAGGCCGUAACUGACAGCUGUCGCUUAACACACCAUUUCUGUUUUUUGCUUCGCCAACCAGAUGAACAGGGUGGAAGUGAUUUUUAAAGGAUUGCUCAUCCAGCUUCCAAAAAACGUUACAAUCACGCAUGUCGAUUAAUGCUUAACAUGGUUUUUUGAAUGUUUUCAUCACUUAAUGUUAAUUUGUGCCUUCUAAAUAUAUAUCGACAAUAUUUGCAGAACGCACUAGUGAGUAGAUUUUCCAAUUUAGGUGCAGAGAAGAUUUCUGCAGUUGAUCUGGAUGUUGUAAACAUGUUUGAGUUGAUCACGCGAUCGACGUUCUUUCAACCAAUUCGGCGAUACAAGCGCCAAUGCUAUGUUAACCAAAGAAUUUGAGUUACUUUGUUUAGACAUAUUGUGAUAAAUUAAAACCAUUUCGUUUGUAUUUUUCCACAAAAUUCUGUUAUAUUCCAGUAAGCGAUUCAUUUGCUUCAAGUGAAAUUUGUCUUGCGAUUUUUUUUGUAUUUGCGAAAGCUGAGUAAUCUACAUCUUUCCACCCUGUUAAGUCUGUUGUGUUUUGUUUUAAAACUGUCUUACGUUUUAAAAAGAUGUUUUUCACACAAUUAUGCAUGCAGUGAGUAUUUUUUUAUGAAUUAAAUUAACAAGCGGAGGGACCUAGCUAAGGAAUCUAAUGACCAUCUGUCAGAUCAGAAAACGGCAGAAUGCAAUUAUGCUACAGUCUGAACUUCAAUUAUAAUCAACUAUAAAGAAUUUUUAAUAGCUAUUUCCUCAGGAUUUUUUAAACCAUAAUGCACAAGGUUCAUACGUCUUUGUGCUUUUACAUUCAUUUUAAACUGCGAUAAUUCGGGAAAUAUACCAUGCGGUGUAUACAAACAAUUGAACUGAAAAAAUGAUUUUAAAUGAUUUUUUUAAAUGUUCUGCAGUUAUUUCCUAUUGAAUUAUUUUUGUGGGAUUAUCCUUAUUAUCAUGUUUACUUUAUGGGGUCAUUUUGUGUUAAAGUAAUGUUUGAUCAGCCAGUUGCGUAUCACUGCUCGUCUUGUGCACAGAUUUGUGUCAAAUUCAGAAAAGUGAAAUUGAGACGAAGCAAAAUUGUAUUUGUGUACAUUGUAACUUUGCCUCUGAGCUAAUAAAAUCCUCCUUUUUCAUUUUUACUUGAUAGGAACCUCCUGACAAACACUCCACGUCUGUGAAUUACAUUUUUUAAGUUUCUGUUAGUUACGAACACUGUUAUAUUCACAAGGAAUUUUAUAUACUUUUUACUGUCAGGUUUUAUUAGACAGGGCUGUGAUUAAUGUAUCGGAUACAAUGUAAAUUUGUAUGAAAUUGUCAAUCUGAGGUUGCAGUUGUAUCCAUCUACUGUAAAGAAAAUAUUUGAAAUGCCCCCAAAAGAAAUGUGAGUUCAAGUGAUUGAGCCAUAACGAAUUGUGAACAGUGAAACUAAAUUGUGACGGGGUUAAGAAUAUUGUACGAGGACUUUGGAAGGGCUGAAACGGGAGGAGGACUCAUGCCAAAGUCCAAUUCAUUUUCAUAUUUUACUUUCAUUUGUCAAUUUUUUGUACGCAAUAUCCAAUAAAUGUUUUACGUAUGAAAUGGGA